AUGGUUGCUACUUCAUUUCCAAUAUCGAUUUCUAAGGACAGCCCUUUUGGGCUAUAUAACAUUCCUUUUGGUGUUUUCAGCACAUUGCCAGGAAUCGGUCAUGGGCCCCAACCACGGGCUGGCGUCGCCAUUGGAGAUCUCGUCAUUGAGCUCCAUGUAUUGGCGGACUAUGGAGUAUUUGGUGCAAGUCCACAAACUUCAAAUUCAUGGGGAGAAAUCUUCUUGGAGCCUGUUCUAAAUUCUUUUGCAGCCUUGCCUGCUGAGCAUAGGAAGCGAGUCAGAUCUACCAUUAUUGAAAACCUAUCCAAGGCGGACUCGAUGCUGUUUACAAUCGCGGAGUUGAAUGAAAAGGCUUUUGUAGCCGCGAAGGAGGUUCAGAUGCAUCUGCCUAUGAAAAUCACAGACUACACCGACUCCUUUUCGUCCCUUAUUCAUGCUCAAAAUUCAAUGCAUCCGCUGGGACUUGAGCUUCCUCGAGCCUUCACCGAGUAUCCAAUGGGUUACAAUGGUCGCAUUUCCUCCAUUCGACCAUCCGGCACCGACGUAGUUCGGCCUAGUGGCUUCUACCUCAAUGACGGGGAUAGCCGACCUACCUUCCAGCCGACCAAACAGCUCGAUUUCGAGAUAGAGCUUGGAGCAUUCAUUUCUAAGCCUAUCCCUUUCGGCACCACUGUAGAUGCCAAUACUGCCGCAGAUCACAUCUUCGGAUAUGUCUUGCACAACGACUGGUCAGCUCGCGAUAUACAGAAGUACGAGAUGCCGCCUCUCGGACCGUUGCAUUCUAAAGGCUUCAUCACGACGAUCUCUCCAUGGGUUGUGACAGUCGACGCUCUGGACAGCAGCAAAACCGGACCACCUACAUCCAACGGAACAAAUAUCCAUCCAUCACUUGUUGCCGAUGAAAGAAACCACGGUGUCUACGAUAUUGAGUUCACUGCCAUUGUCAAGCGUGGUGCCAAUGCGGGCGUGGAAAUCGUACGAUCUAAUUAUGCCUCGUCGUACUGGAGCAUGCCUCAGCAGGUAGCAUAUCAGUCCUCUACCGGUCACGGCAUCAACACCGGCGAUCUGGUGGCUAGUGGCACCAUAUCAUCGCCGGCGCCUGAGGUGAAAAAGGGUCUGGGUACCUACGGCUGUUUGUUAGAGGCUCUCGCACAGAAGCACGUGCUACCAGAAGUGGACGGGGAGCCAAUGUCAUGGAUCAAAGACGGUGAUGAGUUUACGAUCGAGGGUUGGUUCAACACCGAAGAUGGCGGUAGAGGCGGGUUUGGAGGUUUGAGGAGCCUUAUCUUGCCCGCCAGGCCUUCUUGGCCGUAA